AUGUAUGCUUUAAAGAUAGUGUUUUUUGUUACAUUCUUGCACGCUUUACGCGGUGAAAUUAAUAAGAACGUAAAUAAAAACGAAAUUCAAGCCCAGAAACACAAGUUACACUAUCAUUUUGAAACGUACGAUUACACGACGCUACCCUUCACUCACGCUGAGAGCCCAGUGUGGGACGGAGACAACAACGUACUGUAUUGGGUUGAUGUUUUAAACCAAAACGUAUAUGCACUUAACUAUACAUCGAAGCAACAUCGGCUAAAACACAUAGGCAAGGGCGAAGUAAACAUAGUCCUACCAAUUGAAGGUAGCAAACGGCUGCUCUUAGGAGUACAAGCAUUCGUAUAUUUAUUAGACUGGGAUGAGCCCAACCCCACGGAUUUGAAGUUUAUUGCUGCGUUAGACCAGGGAAGCCCCAAUAACAUCCUCAAUGAAGGCAAAGCUGAUGUACGGGGAAGAUUUUGGGCAGGUACCAAAGGACCACAGCACGGUGACGUAGUAUUAGAAGACCAUGCAGCCCUCUACAGUUUGGAGCAGCCGAUGUUCGAACCACGAGUUCAGUUGAAGCCAGUUUCCAUAUCAAACGGCAUCGCCUGGUCUCUAAACAAUAGCGUUCUGUUUUACAUUGAUUCGGCGACGAGGACCAUAGACGCGUUUGAUUUUGAUGCGGCGAAAGGAAGAAUUAGUAAGCGUCGUACAAUAUUAGACAUCGGCGAAUACAACUUUAUGAAAACGGCCCCAGCGCCCAUUCCGGAUGGGAUGACCAUUGAUAGAGACGGAUUUCUGUGGGUCGCGCUGAUGUUCGGCGGAGCUAUUAUUCGGAUAGAUCCUGAAGCACGAAGAGUGGUGGAGAAGUACAAGUUGCCUGUGACGCGUACCACAUCUGUAACCUGGGCUGGUCACAGUCUUGAGGAACUUAUAGUGACAACGUCGCGGAGGAACAUGGACGCCAAUGAAUUGAAGAGGGAGCCACUCUCAGGCGCCAUUUUUAUUUUGCACAAACUAGGCACUGGUGGCGUACGAACCCAUAAAUUGAAAUUUAACGAUUCAGAUAUUUACUAA